AUUUAUAUUUUUUUAAUUUUAAAUUGGCCAUCAAUAAUGGCCAUUAAUAAUGAUAAUAAUAAUGACCAACGAUGGUCACGAUUUAUUUAUCCAUCGAUAUCACCAACAACAACAACAGCAGCAGCAGCAACAAAUAUUGAUUCUGUAAAUGUAUUAGAAAAAUCAUCAUCAUUUAAUAAACACCAGAAGCAACUUAUCAUCAUCUUUGACAACAACAGUAGCAUUGAAAAUUUAAAUUGGAAAUCCAAAUUAAAUGAAACGAUUCAAUAUUUAAUCGAAAAUGACAAUCAUCAUGUAACGUUAUCUGUGGCCAUAGAAUCUUUUCCAUCAACAAACGAAGUGGAAAAUGAUGGCGAUAGUGGUGGGGGUGGUCUAUCACAUGAAUGUACAAUGAUCAUAACGAUAAUGGCCAGUGUUUGUCUUUUGUUAUUUUCAGCAUUAACAUUUUUGUUAAUUGUAAUGAAAAGAAAUAAAUCAUAUGGUUUACAGUAUAAAUUACAACGACAACAGCAAAGACAAAAAUGUCGAUCAUUAUCGGUGCCAAAUUUUUCCAGAUAUGUUCCAGCAAAUUUACGUUGUCCAUCAUGUUCAUCAUCAUUGAAACCACGGAAAUCAUCAUUGAAACCACCGACGGAUUCAUUUCGUAUAAAAAAUGACAACGAAAAACCAUUAGUGGCAACAAUAAGUAGAUCAAAUACUGAACCAAAUAUCAAAUUUAAACUGUCUAAUGAUGAUGAUGAUACAAAAAUUGAUAUGAAAGAAUUUCGAAGAAAAUCAAUCGUAACAUUCAAUGAAGCUACAUUGAUACGAUGAUGAUGAUGAUGAUGAUGAUAAAAAUGUUUGUCGAUUAUUCGAUCAAUCAUC